CUCUCUAGGGAUAGGAAAAUCACACACAGACGCAGCGUCAGUGCGUACGCCAUAUCCAAUACCUGCAGCAUGCGGACUGUACUAUUUUGAGGUAAAGAUAAUUUCUAAAGGUCGUGAUGGUUACAUGGGUAUCGGCCUGACUGCUCAUCCACAUUUCAAAAUGAACCGGUUACCGGGCUGGGACAAACAGUCUUACGGAUACCACGGCGAUGACGGAAAUUCAUUUUGUUCGUCUGGAAACGGGCAGCCGUACGGUCCUACCUUCACUACCGGUGAUAUUAUUGGUUGUGGUGUUAAUUUAGUUGAUAAUACCUGCUUCUACACUAAGAACGGUCACCACCUAGGAGUAGCUUUCAGAGAACUACCGCCACGAUUAUAUCCCACAGUGGGACUUCAGACACCAGGUGAAGUAGUGGACGCAAACUUUGGCCAGGAACCAUUCAAGUUCGACAUCGAAGACAUGUUGAAAGAGUUGAGAGCGGCAACCAAAUCCACCAUAUAUAAUUUUCCCCUGCCUGAUGACCAGGGCGAUUGGACUGUGAUCCUGCACAAAAUGGUUUCCUCAUACCUAGUGCACCAUGGGUAUAGCUCAACUGCGGACACUUUUGCCGGUACAACCGGACAGUCGCUACAGGAGGAUAUGACGUCGAUAAAAAACCGACAAAAAAUCAUCAAACUAGUGCUAUCAGGACGCAUGGGACAAGCAAUCGAGCAAACAAUACGCUUAUAUCCAGGUUUACUGGAAUCGAAUCAAAACCUACUUUUUAUGCUUAAAUGUAGGCAGUUCAUCGAGAUGGUGAAUGGAUCUGACUUUGACCUCAGCGGCUCUUCUCGAACUAGUCCUGUGCAGACGUCGGUGAUACAGUCAACAAAGAAUUAUCAGAACGGCAACACAGUAAUCCCAGAUGGUUCAGACAAUCAGGGGUUUAGUAAAAACAACGUCCUUAGUAAUAACGGCACAUGCAUCGAAGACGAUUACUCCAACGACGUGGAAAUGGAGAACGGCCAUACAAACAAUGUAAAUAGCUCGAACGGUUACAAAAACGGUAAUGCUAGUGGUAGUAAUCUAAAUGAUUCACUGGAAGAUGAUGAAGACGAGGAUGAAGAGGGCAGAGAUGAAGAAAUGGACGUAGAUUCGUCACAUUCACCAAACUGUAAAUCAUCAAGCAAUGCUGCAGGUUUAGCACGAUCGGGUGUGGAACGAAUGCUGGAGUUCGGAAGAGAAUUAUUCCAAAUGAGCCAACGGUUAGAGAAGGAAAACGGUGUUAACGAAACAAAUCAGAAAAUGCUAGAGGAUGCAUUUAGUUUACUUGCGUAUUCUAAUCCAUGGGCAAGUCCCCUAGGGUGGCAACUGUGCCCAUCGCGCCGGGAGUCUGUGUGCGCUGUUCUUAACUCUGCCAUAUUAGAAUCCAUGAGCUACUCGUGGCGACCACCGCUAGAAGUAUGUAUUGCGCAUGCCUGCGAACUGCUACGUCUGAUGUCCAGUUCAUCGCUUGGGGCGUGCGCCUUUGUAAGUGUGGAAGAUAUCCUUACCCAGCAACAGCACCAUUGACUACAACUGAGUCUUCAGUUGUCUUCUUAUUUCAACGUAUAGAAACACGGCAGCGCCAAAUAUUUCUACGCGAAAUUCGUCCUGAACACACAUAACUGUUGCAGUGAGGGAGCUUUUUAUCUCCUUUUCUCCGAAAAUUCGCGUCAAGUCUCCGAAAGCAAACGUUGGGAUAUGCCUGAUCCACUGUUCACUGUAAAGCAUUAUUUAUUCCUUCUGUUGCGCGUUAUUGAGUUCGCUUCCAGUUUAUCAUAUCUCAACUGUGUUACUUUCUGAAUUGGCUUCCCUGCUAUCAAGUUAAACGAUUGGAUAUUGUGCUUCAUUCUAUCAAAUUCGAGAGUGAUACAUCUGUUAUACAUUAUCGGUUGCCUGAUAUUUGUACCGCUAAAGCUAAUUUUAUUUUAAUAUUUUAGUUGAAUUUUGAAUUUGUUUGAAUUAAUGUGUUAAGAAAUAUAAAUAGGUCCAUACGUUUCUGAAGAA